AUGCCAGCCUGGGCUACCCAGGGUCCCGGGAGAGCCAGGAACAACCGAGCUUGCCCGGUCUGCGGACUAGGGAGCCGAGGGGACCCGAGAAGGGAUGCUCGAGUCCCGAAUGCGACUCGAUUCCCGAGCGCAGAAACAACGACGCUCGUCCGGCUCUGGGGCAGGAGCGAAGGGCGAGCCUCCAAAUCAGUCGGCGGAGGCAGAGUCCCAGCCCCGCACGGCCCGGCCCCCACUCACCUGCGGACCCCGUGCCGCCGCUACCGGCCGGAAACGCCAGCCACGCAGGUCUCCACCGGUCCGCUCCUCGCGGCCUUCCCCGACCCACUUCCGGGGGACGCUCUAGACCAUCGGGAGACUUCUGUCUCGGUGGUGUCUAGGUCGCUAAGGGGAGACCAAGCAAGGAAGCGGUCCGGGCCCAGCAGCUCAGCCGCCGGUAGAACAACGAAAGCCACAGGGCGCCUCGCGUUUCCUGAGGAACGGAAGCCUCGAGCGGAGCGUCCGAUCCUGGGAGCCAUGGCCCGGAGAGCACGGACGGGAGGCUGGGUCCAACGCCACCUUGCGGUGGGAGGUACCCAAGGCUCGCCGGUUGCCAGGACCUCCUUUCCAUCCUUGUGGACCCUUCUUUUAGCUAGAAUUCAAAACGUGUCCAAUUUAGAUGAUGUUGAUGAUAAGAUUUGAAUCGUAGUAUAUAGAGUAGAUAGAGGCUUUGAGAGACAUUGAGAUGAGAUGAACCAUUUUGUAUGUUGAACAUACCUGAAUUCGACCAGUUGUGAGAGUGCCCAGUCUCUAGUUCCCUGAACCCGAGAAUUCAAGAGUUGAAACGCACUUGGCAGGUAUAACCAAAUGAAAGUCGUCGAAGUGUAAAGUUUAUUCUGAUUGUCUGUAAGCACAGCGGUUUGUUGUUAAAGGAUCGAGUGAGAGACGACCCUCCAAAGGAAGACUAUGAACUGACAACAGAGCCUGGGCCUUGUGCUUUGAAGAUGGAGGAAAACUACCAUUCAAGAAGUGCAAGUGGUUUACAGGAGCUCCAAAAGGCGGGGAAACUUCGGACUACAGACCUGUUGGCAGCCUGAUCUCAGUACCUUUGGUCCUCGGAAGUGGGAGAAAACAUAAUUGUGUUGUUUUGGGAGCCCCACGCUGGGGUGAUUAGUCACAGCUCCGUAGAAACACAGACUGUGGAAACUUGUUCCCCCUUAAUUCACACCCUUGCCUGAGUACCCAGGACCCGUCUGCCUGCUCUUCCCUGCCCUCUCUUGUUAAAUCUCUUGCUCUCUCCAUUCACAUUCCCCAGGGAUCUCCAGUACAAGAUUUUUAAUAAUACCAAGGAAGGCUGAGUGGCUCCCAAAUCCAUGUCUCCUUCCAGAAUCUCCUCUCUGAUGUCUAAGCUUCUGUCUCUUCCCGGGACCUGGACAUAACUAGGCACAUGGACCUUGAACACAGUGUUUCUGAAACGAAGAUGGGAGCCUUGUGAUCGGCCUGGUGCUACCCAUGGUGUUUCCUGGCAGUUCCACCAUCCCUGAACUCUUCCUCAUGCCCCAUACCCAUUCCACCACAUCUGAUUGGCCCUGCCCCCAGAAUCUAUGUUUUUGGAUUCCCUCCUUCCCUCCACCCCACUGAACUCUAGCCGGGCUAUCUGUUGCCUGUUCCUUGUUCCUAUUGUUCUGACCUUACAUCAUUGUCAGCUACUGCUGCUGCACUGUGAGCCAAAACCCUGCCCUGGGACAGCCACUGUCUCAUAACACAUGACUGUGGGUAGUGACUUAAGUGCAGGCCAGAGCUAAAAUGUAUGGGACAUGGGAGGAAACUGAAUCACAGAGGAUACCAGGCACAUGAUGUGACUGAAAUCCAGGACCCUUAGAAGUAUUUCCGUCAAGUUUUCUGGACUCCUCUGGGACAGCUGGCUCCAUCUCUGCUGGUGGCUCUUUCCUGCCACCUUGUGAACAUGGGAUCAUACACUUCUCUAGGGGAAGGGCUUGGCAUGGAACUGGGGCUUGGCACAUGACUCCAGACUUAUCUCAAGGACUGAGUGCACUCUAGCAGUGGGUAACGGGUCAGAAAGGUAGGAAGGCUGGGGUUCCCUUGGACCUGGCACUAAGAGUUCCCAUUACUUCAUGGGGUUAAGCCUUUGAGAUCACACAUUCCAGUGUAGCCUCACCAGCCAGAUUUGCCCUCCCAACUUACCUACAGUGGCCUUGGAGAGGGUCAGUCUGAACAAAUCACUUAUCUACCCAUGGUCUGGCUUACCUCACCAUCUUCCAAGCCCAUAAGCCAUCUCUGCACGGGUGUUCCCUCUGUCUGCAAGCCCUUGGCUGCAGGAGGUCUGGACUACAGAGGUGCCCAUUGCUCAGAUGGAGUAAUCACCAACCUCCCUUUCCUCCUUACAAGAUUUCUCAGGCCUCCCUAUCUCGCCUGCCUAUCUCCAUGAAGGAGUGGGCAUGUGAAGAAACACAGGGAAAGGCAGGGACAGCUCUGAGCUUUCAGGCAGAAGGCAAGCUGGUGACAGUUGGGAGCCUGUGGGAAGCGGUGUUGCAGACAGAACCAUGAACCAUGCUGAGGGGAAAAUCAUUUCUGGGUAAGCAGGGGCCAUAGAGAUUAAAACUGGGUCGUGCCCAAGGAUUCGGUAGGGCCUGUGGAGCUUCAGCCCACUGUCCAAGGGGUUACCCCAGAGACCCAGCCCCCAGUUCUCCUAUGUACACAUGCGCUUACCUCACAAUACACACAUAGUGUACAUUUGACCUAUAACGCACACUCUCUCAUGUGACUCAGGUUUCCAUAUCACACAGAGUUUGCAGGGAGUGGCUUUAACUUCCAGAACCCAACAUGGGGACCUUAGUGGGAGAGGAUACUCAGCUUCCUAGAGGCCUGGCUCCAAAUGUGUCAUAUCCCUGACCUGAGGGACCAUGUUUCCAAAGGCCUGCAGUGACAUAAACAGAAACCAGUUGUAGUUUCGCAUUCCACGUGCUGACUUGACUUUUAAAGGCUACCUUUGUGCAAAAUUACAAUUGCACCCAACUGUGACAUGUGUCCAAGUAGGGGAAUCCUGUGAUAUCCCCCUAAGAAGAGGUAGAAGUCUGAUGGAAAGGCAUAGUUUUGAGAAUCCACGCCCAAGGAACAGUGGCUUCUUUGCUAUGUGAACGGGCAGGCUCUCCAAGGAGUAUGGUGGGCUGUGGAGGAAAAGAGAGAACAAGAAAAACUAGAGACUCAGGCAGUGGAGCCAGGCUAAGGGUGAGUCAUGUCAAGGCCCCACCCAGAGCACAUUCACUCGUGGAGGGGAACAUGCCCUUUGUGAUAGGCUUUUUCAGGAAGUGUACUACCAGAGAAUCCAUGCUACAGGGUUCAGGCUACAGGGCCAAGACUCAGAGUGUGGCCAGUGUCAAGGCUCAGAAUGUGGUCACGAUCAGGCUAAUAUAUGAGCAUGGCCAGGACUCAGGGCGUGACCAUAACAUUGCCCUGUUUGAGGAUCAGGGUCACCAGAAUGAGUGUUCAGGGUUGGUCUGAAGUCACAGGCCUGUGGUGAGGGGUGGGACUGGACAAAAAUCAUAGUCACAGCCUUCAGUAUUUGGGGUGAGGUCACUGGGCUGCCCUUU